CAUGGUGAUUAUAGACAGGAAUGGUGCUUCACUGUUAUUUCUCUUCUUUUAAUAACAAAAAACAACACUCAACUCACAAAUGAAUGAAAAAAGUUGAUUCGUUCUCUUCUCUGCCGGACUGCAAUGGAUUUCCAUGCCCCGCCGCCAUCUCCUGUGGCCACUGCCAGGCGAACGUCAUCGCUCUCCAACGACGACGUUUUCCGCCGAUUCUUGGAGACCUCUCUCCGUCUCCCCAACAUUAACUACAACCACCAAAAGCCGCUUCCAAAGGUGGACUUCCCCUCCUUAGGUUCCGACGAUGCUCUUCGUCACGUCAUUUCGGACUCUUUCGCAACUGUCGGAUGCUUUCAGCUGCUCAACCAUGGGAUUCCACCGGACGUGAUCGCGUCGCCGGCGGAAGCUUCCAUCUCAAUUUUCCAGGUGCCGCCGGAGAAGCGAGGCGGCGUGACGAGGUCGGCGGAGAGCCCGUGGGGUUUCGAGGAAGAUGACGAGUUCGUCUGGGGAAGAGAUAAGGAGUUCAACCUCAGAAUGCAGCAAGUUUCGGCAGCCGGAUAUUCCAAUUUCAAUAAGAAGAUGGAGAAUCUUGUGGCCAGGAUAGAGAAGGUGGCCGAGAAAAUUUUGCAAGUGAUAUUCGAAGAUUCUCCCCCAAAAGUUGCAGACUCUGUGGAGAUGAUUGGUGGGCAUGAACGUGGGACAGUUUGUUCUGUUUAUAAGCACUGCUCUGAUAAGACGUCAGGACAAUGUGCUAACUCUAUAAACUAUGAUGUGAUUAGAAUGGUGAUGAGGGGAAACCGAUACUCUCAUUGCUUGUGCUUGCAUCUAUGUGGCGGGUCUUCUGAGUUUCAGGUUUACUCUAAGAAAGGUUGGCUCUCUUUCUUUCCAGAAAAAGGAGCCCUUGUAAUCACCGCCGGAGACCAAACUCAGAUGUUGAGUGAUGGGCAGUACAAGCACGUGAUUGGAAGGCCAAUAUUUAAAGGGGAGAAAGAGGACUGCAUUUCAAUGGCUUUCCUCUAUUCACCGCCAAACAACAAGAGCAAUUUUCAAAACAGUGGGGAAAGAACUAUUUCACUGGGCUUGCAAGUCCUAUUGGCCAUGAUUUUGACCCUUGUGUGUCAUGUCCUGAUUUGUCUAAAAUUUUCUUUAUGUUGUCCUUGUUAUUGAAUGCAAAAUAUAAUUGUUAUA